CUCUGCGGCGAGGCCCGAGUCGGGAGCGUGUGCGCCUGCGCGCCGCGGGCGGGGCCUCUGGGGCGGAGCGGCCACCAUCUUGGAACGGGAGGCGGAGCAGAGCCGACUGGGAGCGACCGAGCGGGCCGCCGCCGCCGCCAUGAACCCCGAAUAUGACUACCUGUUCAAGCUGCUUCUAAUCGGCGACUCGGGCGUGGGCAAGUCCUGCCUCCUGCUGCGGUUCGCUGAUGACACGUACACCGAGAGCUACAUCAGCACCAUCGGGGUGGACUUCAAGAUCCGCACCAUCGAGCUGGACGGCAAGACCAUCAAGCUGCAGAUUUGGGACACCGCGGGGCAGGAGCGCUUCCGGACCAUCACCUCCAGCUACUACCGGGGCGCGCACGGCAUCAUCGUGGUGUAUGACGUCACUGACCAGGAGUCCUACGCCAACGUGAAGCAGUGGCUGCAGGAGAUCGACCGCUACGCCAGCGAGAACGUCAACAAGCUGCUGGUGGGCAACAAGAGCGACCUGACCACCAAGAAGGUGGUGGACAACACCACGGCCAAGGAGUUCGCAGACUCGCUGGGCAUCCCCUUCCUGGAGACAAGUGCCAAGAACGCCACCAACGUGGAGCAGGCCUUCAUGACCAUGGCCGCCGAGAUCAAAAAGCGCAUGGGGCCGGGGGCCGCCUCGGGGGGCGAGAGGCCCAACCUGAAGAUCGACAGCACCCCUGUCAAGCCGGCCGGGGGCGGCUGCUGCUAGGAGGGCCCGGGGCGCAGGGGCACCUUCUCCAGAUGAUGCCCAGAGGGCCGGGAGGCGCUCCCCUCUCCCGGGGCAUUUGAGUCUGGCUUUGGGGUGUCCCGGGCCCCCCUCUCCUUCUGGCCCGUCUGUGUACUGCCCUGAGCCCGGGGAGGACACCCAGGGCCCGCGGCUCUGCUGCUGCCCGUCACUUUACUGGUCCUUACCACUCUGCGGGGUGAGGGCGCC